GGCAACCUUCACAUCACAGCCAUGGCCUGCAACAACCUCUGCCAACCCUGCGGACCCACCCCGCUGGCCAACAGCUGCAACGAGCCCUGUGCCCUGCAAUGCCAGAACUCCAGCGUCAUCAUCAACCCUUCCCCUGUGCUGGUCACCCUGCCAGGACCCAUCAUGACCUCCUUCCCCCAGAACACCGCCGUCGGAUCCACCUCCUCGGCUGCUCUGGGCACUGAACUCAGUGCCCAGGGACAGCCCAUCUCUGGUGGAUUUGGCUUUGGCCUUGGCUACGGCCUGGGAGGCCUGGGCUGCUAUGGCAGAAGGGGCUAUGGCUACAUCUGCUAA